AUGGGGGCGUCGCCUGUGGGCGCGGCCCGCUGCAGCCGGCGGUGCCGACCGGAUGCCAGGGCGGGAGGCGAGGAGGAUGCGGAGGACAAAGAUUUCACCUGCCCCAUAUGCCUUGUGGACAUCGAGGAGGCGCGCGCGAAGGCGGUGACGGUGCCCUGCCGGCACCGGUUCUGCCUGGGCUGCCUGCUGCAGUGGGCGGACAUCAAGCGGAACUGCCCUGUGUGCAAGGGCACACUGGAGGGCUACCGCUUCUUCAUCCAGGGUGACACAUGCUCCCAACAGCACACAUUCCCACAUGAGGAUGAGGACUGUAGAAUAACAGCAGUGCAGCCGCUGGGCCAGUCGCAAACCCAGGUCUCUGGUACUAGCCAGGUGUCCAGGCUGAGGGCAGUGCAGUCGAGGCCAUACUGCUCAAGGCUGAGGCAGAGUGUGCCUGGGAGGAGCAGCCUUGCUUUCCGUGCUCGUUGUGGCUACAGGGAUGAGGACACAUCGCUGAGGAGACGCAGAGCUGUUUACUCAAAGGGCCUGUGCGCAGUGUCAUCGGGCGUCAACCGGUCACUGAGGUACAGCCUGCAGACUCGCCGCGAAGAAGAGCGGCUGGAGGCCUGGAUAAAGCGUGAGUUUCAGGCCAUCCUUGGUGCUCAGGACCCCAGCAUGCUGACGGCUUUUGUUAUGGCCCUUGUCCGUUCCUACGGUUUCUCUCGGCAUCAGGCGUCCAGUUUUGCAAGGCCUUCGGGGGCCGCUGGGGUUGCCACACGCAUGCAGCAGCAGCAGCAGCAGCAGGAGGGGUUGUGCCAGAUGAGGGGAAGCCGCCAGCCCCUGGUUGUGUCGGAUCCAGUGUCUGCGCUGGAGCCUAUCCUGCAGAGCAGGGCGGCCCGUUUCUGGCACGAGCUCAGGUGCUUUGCAUGGUCCGGGCUGAAGAUGGGCACCUACGACAGUGUGGUGCAGUACUCUGGCGAAAGGAGCAACAGCGACGACUCGGGCCCGACGACGGAGCGACACAAGAGGCCCCGUGCCUGGGAGGCAAACUCUGAGUCCGCCCAGUCGAGGCGCCAGGUGGCCUGCGGCACCCGUUCGGGCAGCAAGCUGGGGCCGGGGGAGCCCCAGAGGCGCAGCCCAACCUUUGGCCACUCGUGCGAGAACGUGAAGGAGAGGGUAGGUGGAAAGGAGGGCAGCGGAGCAGAGGUUUGGUGCAGGGAGGGGAAGCGGCAGAGGCGUGAGGCGUACGCGGCGGUGCUUGCCGCCUCCGGGCAGUGCUCAAAGGUGCUGGCCAAGAGGCAUGCUGCUGGGAGGGGUGAGAAAGGGGCAGAGGGAAUUGCAAUCAGGAAGGCUGCGCACGUCGCGUUGAUGGGGUGGAGGCGCGGAGGAAGUGCUGGGAAGGGGGCAGGCGCAGAUGAUGGCUGCUUGAUGGCCAAGGGGAGGAAACUGUGCGGGAAUGGAGAUGGACGGCAGUGGGGCAUGGAGGAGCAUGGGAAGGGGGUCAGGUGGCUCGAGGGCAAGACCGGGCGGGUGAAGUGCGAGGAGGGGACCGCUGGCUGCGGGGACAUGGGUCUUGGGUGGGCUGUGGAGGCUGGCAGUAGGCGUGACAGUGAGGAUUCAGAGAAUGGGAGGCCCUGCGCGGAUGCUGGCAGCCAGGAGGGCUCUUGCAGCCACUGGUGA